AUGAUCAUCGUCAUCAUGAUCAUCACCAUCAUGAUCAUGGUCACCAUAAUCAGCGUCACCAUAAUCAGCCUCACCAUAAUCAGCAUCGUCAUAAUCAUUGUCGUAAUGAUCAUCGUCAUCAUGAUCAUCGUCAUCAUGAUCAUCAUCAUCAUGAUCAUCGUCAUCAUGAUCAUCGUCAUCAUGAUCAUCGUCAUCAUGAUCAUCAUCAUCGUCAUCAUAAUCAGCAUCACCAUAAUCAGCGUCACCAUAAUCAUCAUCAUAACCAUCAUCAUCAUAACCAUCGUCAUCAUAAUCGUCAUCAUAAUCAUCGUCAUCAUGAUCAUCGUCAUCAUGAUCAUCGUCCUCAUGAUCAUCGUCAUCAUGAUCAUCAUCAUGAUCAUCGUCAUCAUAAUCAUCGUCAUCAUGAUCGUCGUCAUCAUGAUCAUCGUCAUCAUAAUCAUCGUCACCAUAAUCAUCGUCAUCAUAAUCAUCAUCAUAACCAUCGUCAUCAUAACCAUCGUCAUCAUGAUCAUCGUCAUCAUGAUCAUCGUCAUCAUGAUCAUCGUCAUCAUGAUCAUCGUCAUCAUGAUCAUCGUCAUCAUGAUCAUGGUCACCAUAAUCAGCGUCAUCAUAAUCAGCGUCACCAUAAUCAGCGUCAUCAUAAUCAGCGUCACCAUAAUCAGCGUCACCAUAAUCAGCGUCACCAUAAUCAGCGUCAUCAUAAUCAGCGUCACCAUAAUCAGCGUCAUCAUAAUCAGCGUCAUCAUGAUCAGCGUCAUCAUAAUCAGCGUCAUCACAAUCAGCGUCAUCACAAUCAGCGUCAUCAUAAUCAUCCGUACCGUGGACAAGCAGCAGUUUAGGCCCGUGAAUGCAGGCGUCUGGUGGAGCAGCAAGUGGCGCGGUGAGUCAGCGGCCGGCAGCCUGCUGAUUGGCUGGCGGCGUCCAGCAGCCGGCGCGGCCCGCGGUACACAGUUUAAUCAGCCGGAAUCAACACCGGAGGUGGCGGCGGCGCCUUCCCUUUUGUUCUCCACUGUGCGCGCCGUUCGUCGCCGCGGCGGCUUACGUCCCGCGCGGCUUUAG